AUUUUCACUUUCGAUAAUUAUUAUCACUUAUUUGAAGUCGCCGCAUCUACACAUCUCUGUUGGGGGAGAUGCCGUGGGGGUUACAUUUUAUUGACAAAUUUGUUUCAAACAACUAUCAUGCGUGCUUAUAAAAUACUGUGUGUUGUCAUUUUAGCGUCUGAAUAAGUGUGCGCCAAUGAAGUGUUUUUAUGUUUUUGUUUGUGUGCUUAUAGUCUUUGUGGACUGUGGGCAGUAGAUAAAAAUUCUAUGAGGAUUCCUUUUAUUUUAAUCACUUAUGAAUAGAUUAAAUGGGCUGUUACAGCGCCCAUGUUGUUCAUAUGAUGACUGAUAUCUUGUUUUUUUCAAAAAGUCUAUGGUUUUGCUAUUCUGAAGAUUUAACCCUCACGUUUAAACAAGAUGUUUGGAGCUAGAGCAAUCCAUCGUGUUCUGAGAGAGAAACUUCAUGCCCAAAACACGGUUUCUCCAGUUUUUUCAUCUCCUUGCUCAACAUCGUGGAGAGGAUUGGUCCUCUUUGGUGCAGGUGUCACUGGGCUUUUUAGUUUUGGGACAGUGGCAUCUUGUGAUGAGGCUGAACAUGGUGUUGCUUACACAGAGGAGGAAACUAAGGCAAUGGCUGCUGAGAUCGAGGUCGUUGAUGGGCCGAAUGAUGAGGGAGAAAUGUUUACCCGCCCAGGAAAACUGAGUGAUCGUUUUCCUCAGCCAUAUGCAAACGAACAGGCUGCUAGGUUUGCAAACGGGGGUGCCUAUCCUCCAGAUUUAAGUCUGAUAACCAAAGCUCGUCACGAUGGUCAAAAUUACGUUUUUGCUCUUUUGACUGGGUACCGUGAUCCUCCUGCUGGUAUUUCUAUUCGUGAAGGACUGCAUUAUAACCCUUACUUCCCUGGUGGAGCAAUCGCAAUGCCUAAAAUGCUUAAUGAUGGUGCUGUUGAGUAUGAAGAUGGUACACCCGCAACAGAAGCACAGAUGGGAAAAGAUGUGGUGUCAUUUUUGUCCUGGGCAGCAGAGCCGGAAAUGGAAGAGAGAAAGCUGAUGGGGUUCAAGUGGAUAUUUGUCCUGUCACUGGCAUUACUUCAGGCUGGUUACUACAGACGGUUGAAGUGGUCUGUUCUCAAGUCCAGAAAGCUGGUGCUUGAUGUUGUCAACUAG